GUUUCUUGCACUCAUUCACCUAGAUAAUCAAACCCAACUUUACUUGCAAAUUUUAGUUUCCUUUGAAAGUCCUAUAAAUGGUGAACAAGAAGAAAUGCAAAUCAUCAUCAAUUCCUUUGAGCAACCAUGAUGAAGUCUUCAGGUGCAUUUGCUACCCUUGUGAUUCUCAUCCUUCUUGCUUCAACUUCAGAGGCUGCAAUUUCAUGCAGUGAUGUGAUUAAGGACUUGAGGCCAUGUGUGAGUUACUUGGUGAGUGGUAGUGGACAACCACCAGCUGCUUGUUGCAGUGGAGCUAAAGCUCUUGCUUCUGCUGCAUCAACCUCUGAGGAUAAAAAGACUGCUUGUAACUGCAUCAAAUCCACUUCCAAGAGCAUCAACAUAAAUUCACAAUUGGCUCAGGCUCUUCCAGGGAAUUGUGGAAUAACACUUUCCAUCUCUAUCUCCCCCAAUGCUGAUUGCUCCAAGAUUGGUUGAAACUUGGAACUUGGAAUUGGAGGCUGUUGCAGAGCAUGUUGAACAUUUUUCUACUACAUAUAUAUAUGGGAAUAUAAAAUAUUUUGUAAUAAACAGGAAUCUACCUAUGUGGAUUUCUUUAUUAUGUCUAUCUUUUUUGUUUUCAAUAUGUUGCUUCAAUGUUGUUU